GAAUGGUGGGGCAGGUACUUGGUGCAGUUGGAGCUUUACCUGAGGUCUUCACAGAAUUGGAAAUUUCCUAUUUCCUGCUUAGACGGCUUCUAGGUGUACUCACUGAAGGAGACAAGAAAGCAGCAAAAGUGCAAAAGCUGUCUAAGAAUGAAGUACUUAUGGUGAACAUAGGAUCCCUGUCGACAGAAGGAAGAGUUAGUGCAGUCAAGGCUGAUUUGGGCAAAAUCGUUUUGACUAAUCCUGUGUGCACAGAAUCAGGAGAAAAAAUUGCCCUUAGCCGAAGAGUUGAGAAACACUGGCAUUUAAUUGGUUGGGGUCAAAUAAGAAGAGGAGUGACAAUCAAGCCAACAGUAGAUGAUGACUGAAGAAUUAAAUAACAGAUUUGGAUGAAGUCGGAAUUUCUCUUAACAACCUAGGGGUAUAUUUUCAAAACAAUAGUGAGGAAUUAAUUUCACAGCUCAUUACCUUAGGAGUAGCUGUAAGGAUAUUCUCAUUUUUUGGUGAUGAAAAUUUAACCUCUAGUACUAAAAUAGGGUCUACAAUAAAUGUAAAAAUUGGUCUAAUGUUGGAUUGAAUCUACAUUUUACCAGAAAUUAAUCAUUCCCAAAUAAUGUCUAAUUUAUACAUCAGUGCAGGUUUGAAAGGAAACUGCUACAAUCAGCCUUUGCUGUAGCACACAUA